AUGGAAAACUGUUACAAUUUGAACAGUUUGCCACAAUUAACGGCUGUUCAGUAUUCAUUUCCAUAUAUUAAAGCAGCUGUUGAUAAACAUGAAAGAGCAAGAGUCGAAACAGAUGGACAAGAACAAUCAUGGACAAUUGCGGAUUACGGCUCAUCACAAGGCGGUAAUAGUUUAGUUGCAGUGCAAUUCAUAAUUGAACAAUUAAAACAAAAAUAUUCAUUGCCCAAUGACUGUUCAUUCAUUGUCGUUUACAAUGAUUUACCCGAAAACGAUUGGUCAAUUCUCUUUAAAACUGUUGCAGCAUCCAUGCCUGCAGUAAACAUUUACCCGUUGGCAAGUGGAAAAUCAUUUUAUGAGCAAAUAUUACCACGAGAUUCAUUGGAUUUUGCCUUUACGUCAACUUCUCUUCAUUGGAUGUCUCGGGUACCAUGUACAAUAAAAAACCAUUGUUUUUAUCAGUUUGCAAAUAGUGAUGACUAUAAAUUAUGGAAAAGGCAAGCUGAUGAUGAUUAUAAAGCAUUUUUAAAAUGUCGAUCAAACGAACUGAAACAAGGUUAG